AUGAACGACGAGACACCUCCUUCAUCAGCUAGCAGAGUUCGAGCUGGGCAGCUGGAAAAUGCCUUUCCCACUCCUCCACGAGAGAAAACCCCUGACCCCUCGACACGCCUCAAUGGCCGCCUCUCGCCUGCGCCUGGGAGAAUGCUAAACUUGCAGCGAGCUCAAUCGACUCCUCCAGAGCUCUCCAAUGAGACUCAACUCCACCGCAUUUCGCGCGCACCGAUGGGCGACCUGCCAGAUGCAUUAAGCCUAGAGGAAUCGUGGUCACGCCUUCACUUGUCGAAGAAAAGGAGCCAGUACUAUAGCGACGCUUUUGCCUACAGAGAGCCGUCAAACACCGCAAAAGAGCGAGUCGUGCGCGAUUCGACGAUUCUUGCCGAGGUCAAGUUGAACUGUUGUCUUGACUCGGAACAAGAAUUCCUCAUUGACUUAUCCUUUCGAUUGUCGGAGAUUUACCAGCGCCCAGAAUCUUGUAUCAUUGCCAUGGUGGCAACAGACAUUCCCAUGAUCAUGGGUGGCAGCUUCGAGCCGGCUUACAGCAUCAUCAUCGCCGCACUAACUCCGGAGAUAGCUGCCACCAAGAACAAGAGAAGCGCACAUCUCAUCCAACAGUUCAUGCACGAGACUUUGAGCAUCAAUCCCAAAAGAGGCCUCGUGAGGUACGAAGCGGUUGCGGAGGCGAACCUGGCGACAAAUGGCAUGACGGUGUUGCAGGAGAUUGAGCAGCUAGAAAGGCAGUCUCACGAAGAAGACACAGCCUUCCGAGCGCUCAGUCGUCAAAAGAGCAGAAGAAGCAAGAGAAUGAGCAAUUUCAACGCCGCUGAGAGUAUCAAGACCCCUACACCAACUCAUCGAGCCGUCACACCCUUGCCGAGCGAGACACAGGCUACCAAGGUAUGUAGAUCGACUGCAGCCAGUGGUACAGGAAGGUGGAAGAUGAAGCACAGGAAGAGCAUCUUUGGUAUCUUCAGGCGCCGGAGCGUCGAGGGGCUGAAGGAAUGA